CUAUUCUAUUUCUAUUCCUAUCCUAUGAACCAGAAAGAAAGACACACAUACAUCUUAAAACAUGGCUAUGUCAUUGGCUUCUUCCUCUCACAGUGCUGCUCAGAAGAAAUAUGAUGUCUUCAUCAGCUUUCGAGGCGAAGAUACUCGCGCUGGUUUCACAAGUCAUCUUCACGCUGCUCUUUCCCGAACCUAUUUACAUACUUACAUAGACUAUAGGAUCGAGAAAGGAGAUGAAGUUUGGCCAGAACUUGAGAAAGCAAUCAAACAAUCAACUCUGUUUCUUGUUGUGUUCUCAGAGAACUAUGCUUCUUCAACAUGGUGUUUGAAUGAACUUGUUGAACUAAUGGAGUGCCGUAACAAAAAUGAAGACGACAACAUUGGUGUGAUUCCUGUGUUCUACCAUGUUGACCCUUCACAUGUGCGGAAGCAGACCGGGAGUUAUGGCAGUGCAUUGGCGAAACACAAGCAAGAGAACCAAGAUGAUAAGAUGAUGCAAAAUUGGAAGAAUGCUCUUUUUCAAGCUGCUAAUUUGUCUGGUUUUCAUUCCUCGACAUACAGGACUGAAUCUAACAUGAUUGAAGACAUUACCAGAGCUUUAUUAGGGAAAUUGAAUCACCAGUACAGAGAUGAACUUACAUGUAAUUUGAUACUUGAUGAAAACUAUUGGGCCGUUCGAUCUUUAAUAAAAUUUGAUUCAACAACAGUUCAAAUCAUUGGACUUUGGGGAAUGGGAGGCACUGGUAAGACAACUCUUGCUGCUGCUAUGUUUCAAAGGUUCUCUUUCAAAUAUGAAGGCAAUUGCUUCUUAGAAAGGGUGACAGAAGUUUCAAAAAAGCAUGGAAUCAAUUACACGUGCAACAAACUUCUUUCCAAGUUACUAGGGGAAGAUCUUCGUAUUGACACUCCCAAAGUAAUCCCAGCCAUGAUCAAGAGAAGACUCAGACAUAUGAAAUCUUUCAUUGUAUUAGAUGAUGUACAUAACUCUGAACUUCUGCAAGACUUGAUUGGAGUGAGAGGUGGUUGGCUUGGACCUGGUAGCAUAGUCAUUGUGACGACUAGGGAUAAACAUGUGCUGAUAAGUGGAGGAAUUGACGAAAUUUAUGAAGUUAAGAAGAUGAACUCCCAAAAUUCCCUCCAACUUUUUAGCCAUGUUAAAGAAGUAUAUUCCAUAUUGUCUACUUUUAUUUUAAUAUUAAUAUAAAUGCACGUCACCUUUGAUUUCUAAAAACUAGUUUACAUUUUUGUGGCCGGCAGGAUGAUGUGAAUGUUUUGUUUGUUUGUACUAAGAAAACUUUUGUGUAACAACUGAGAAGUUUACAUUUUGUCGGGA